AUGAAGACCUUCAUCGCCAGACGGCACGCCGCCAUCACGGCUCUGGCUUGUCUGCUCGCCCGCGGCCGAGCUACAAAUCACCUCGGCGAGGAGACUGCUUCAGCUGCCCCGGCUGCCACGGCUGCUACUCCUCCUUUCCCAGUCCUGCCAGUGGCUCAAAAUUCAGCACAAGUCAUGUCGAACCCACCAGCGCUCAGCUUCCCCGGGGCCGGCAAGAAUCAGACCUAUCUCGCCCUGGGCAUGGAAUUGCCCAUAAUAGCCACCGCAGGCGGUGGGUCUACCGCAAGCGCAGAGCUCAUCUUCGUCUCGCCUCAGUCCUACCUUCUCUUCGUCCAGCAGGGCAUGAUGCUGGACAGCUCCACCCAGCUGAAUAUGAGCGGCGGCCUGCUGAGCUCCGCCGCCGACCCCUUCGUCUCGUUCGAGGAGCCAACCGGGCUCUUUUCCUCCAUCACAUCCGCCAACUCGGGCGCAUCGUCGUCCUCCGCUUCCUCCUCGUCCUCGUCGUCGUCCUCGUCCGACAUGCGCCUCCUCGCCGUCCUGCUCUACAACCCGCCCACCCCCCAAGCUGGGAUGACCGCCUUCAACUUUACCGCCUGGGCCGCAGACAUGAGCGCGAACCCGUCCCUUCGCAUGGAUUUUGACGUCCAGGACUUUGCCACCCGGUCCGGGCUCGGCGAUCCCGUUGCCGCCGAGGUGCUCAUCGUCCAGGACCAGAUCAGCACCCCGUCCGACAACCCCGAUGACAACUCGGCGAGCCUGGUCCCGAUCAGCACCGUCAUCCCGGCCGGCGGGCAGGAGGAAUCCACAUCCGCCGCCUCAUCCUCGGCUUCGGCCUCGGCCUCAGACUCAGCUUCAGCUACCGGGGCUGGUGCCGGUGCCGCCGCCGCCGCAGCUGGUGGACAGUCUGGCGCGGCAGCCACCGGUGCGGCAGCCACCGGAGGAGUCGGUGGUAGCCCGUCAGGUCUCGGUGCAUUGGGCGCUGGUGGCGCCGGUGGCCUCGCGACGGGCGGCGCUGGAGGAGCCAGCCAAACUGGCUCGGCCGCCGGUGCAAGCGGGACGGAUUCAGCCUCCGGUGCAACCGGCACUGAUUCAGCAGCCGGUGCAAGCGGAACGGGCUCAGCAGCUGCAGCAGGCUCAGAUGGUCAGACUGGCUCCGGGUCUGAGGGCGGUAAGGGUGAUGGUGCCAAUGCAGGUGGCUCAGGUGCAGAAGGAAGUGGAGAAGACGGCGCUGGUGGCGCUGGUGGCGCCGGCGACGGUGCCCAGAAGGGAGAUGGGGGAGAUGGGAGCGGUGCUGGGGCAGGUGAGGGCAGUGAUGGCAAGGGAGGAGACGGCAGCGGCUCUGAAAACGGACAAGGUGGGAAGGCAGGAGCAGGUGGCGCCGGAGCAGGAGAUCAAGGUGAUGCUGGAAAGGGAGAUGGGAGCGGUGCCGGAGCAGGAUCCAACAAAGAUGGCGGCAAAGGCGCCGGUCAGGACGCCGGCGGUCAAGGAUCCGGCGGUGAGGGUGCCGAUGGUGAAGACGGAUGCGACGCGGAAGACGAGCAAGGCGCCGGAGGUGCAGGAGCAGCAGGCGGGGCCGGUGAGGGUUCAUCAGCCGCCUCCGCGGGCAAUAGCACCUCGGCGACUGCCACGGGCGGAGCCGGCAAGUCGGGCACCGCAGACAAGAGUGGCCUCCCGCUCAUGGGCACCGGCGCCGCGAAACUACCGGGCAUGAUGGAAGGCGGCGGCAUGAUGGGCGCCGGCGGCAUGAAGGGAGAUGGCGGCAUGAAGGGAGAUGGUGGCAUGAAGGGGGCCGGCAGCGAGAGCAGCGGCGCCGCAAUGCCCGAGAUGACGGCGUCAGCGUCGGCGUCGGCUAACCCGGACGACGACGGACUCUUCACGAUCGGCUUCGACGUCGACGGCAAGUUCGGGACGACCAUCACAGCCGAGCUGCCCUUCCGGGCGGCCCGCCGUACCGCCGCUCCACAGGACGGCGGCGAUUGGACCAUGACGCUCAACACGGACGUGAGGGCCGCUCUGGGAGGGCUGAUGCAGGCCACCGCUGCGUCGGCGAGCAGCCCGUCCCUUGCGACCGGCUCGUCUACCAUGGUCACGACGACAACAUCUUCCGGGGAGACUGCAAUGGCCACUGCCACAACGUCCACAACGAGUGUGACCUCGGGGGCGACGACCCUGUCUUCCUCACUGCUCCGUGUCUUCGGUCUAGCAGCUGGUCCGUUGCUUGUCUUGAUAUUUACGUGA